AUGUCGUCCACCGAAGACCAUCUCCGUCAGGCCACCGUCGCCUUCGAUCACCUCUUCGCGAAUGAACUCGACAAGGCACGCGACACCUUUGCCACAGGCAGCUCGCCAUUCCACGCUCUGGGCAGCGGAGUAUGCGCCUUCCUCGAAGCCGCGUUAGGAAUGGAGCCGGGGCUCAUGGCCGAGGCUUCCCGCCAACUCUCCCUCUCUGAGGCCGGCGCAAAGAGAGAGCUCAAGGCAGCCAAGACCCAGGCCUCCCAAUUUCCUCCCGGGACCGAAUGGGAACUGCUGCAUUCAGAUGCUGUCAUUCUCCUUGGCAUGACCCACGCCCUCAGUGAGUCAUACAUGGGCUAUGUACAGUGCCUUGCACACUCCAAGUUCUCCAAGCUCUUCAAGACUGUCUAUCCGAACGGACUUGAUGAGUAUGCCACCCCGGCUGCCUCGGCACCGGGGUCAAGGGCCGCUAGCAUUCACUCGGUAUCAUCUGCCCUUCCCUCGCCUAAGCCUCAGAGGUCGAGCUUCUUCAGCCGACUUACCGGUGCCUCUUUGACGGUACCGUCCACGCCUCAAGUGCCGAUUAUUGCCGCGGAGGGAUCCAUAGAUGAGCUCAUCCUCUCGGGAACGGCAUUUGGCUACGGGCUGUUCAAUCUCGUGUUCUCCUUGUUGCCUGCCAAGGUUCGCGGCGUAGUAGGUUUCUUCGGCUUUGAGCACGAUAGGAAACUCGCUCUCCGUGCUCUCGCCGUAUCUGCGGCGAAAACAGACGUUCAUUCUGUCUUCGCUGGCCUAUCGCUCAUGACCUACCACGGUGUCGUCCUCCUGCUCCUUGGCUAUCAAGCGGAUGAAGAGCACAUCCUCCGACAGUACGGAGCCAUCGUCGAAAAGCUAGAAGCGAGAUAUCCCACAGGUUCUCUUUGGAUCCUCAACCGGGCAAAGAUCCUUCGCAUGUCAUACGACCCCGAAGGGGCGAUCAAGGUUCUGCAAGGCGGUCUCGAUCCCGGCAAGGCGCACACGUUUGAACAGGCCGAUGCUCUGCUUAUCUUCGAACUGGCGUGGACACUGCUUUCGCAAAGGCGGUACCAAGAAGCCGCCGAUGCGUUUAUCCGCAUGACGGAGGUUAACAGCUGGAGUCAUGCUACCUACUACUUCCUUGCGGCUGGCUGUUACAUUUCCAUGAAGAACUAUGAUAAGGCACAGGAGCUCUUGGACAAGAACCCGGAUUUGCUCGAGAAAAAGAAAAUUGGGGGCAAGGAUCUCCCUACGGAGGUUUUCAUCAAGAAGAAGCUCACUUUCCUCCAGGAGAAGCAGAAAAGCUUGACUGGCUCGGAAGACAACUUUGCGCGCGCAGCCACCAUCAGUCCAGCAGAAGAGCUUGCCAUCUUCUGGAACACACACUGUCGCAUCACCAAAGACGCUGCGCUCGCACACAUACAGGACUGGUCCACUGCUCUCCAAACGCCCAUCACCGUCACCAGCCAGUUCCUCCCGCCUCCUUCCAAGGACGCCAUCGCGUCCUCGCCCAACAACGACACCCCCGACGAGCUCGGGAUCCGUGCGGUCCUCAUGGGCAUCGUCCAUCGCACCGCGGGCGACUUCGCCGCCUCUCGCGCGUUCCUCGAACAGGCCAUCACGUUCCAGCCGCAGAUCAAGACGAGCACUUGGGUGGGGGGCGUCGCUUGCUUCGAGCUCGCCACGCUCGACCUCAAGGAGCAGCACACGCGCGAGACGGAGGGCGCGGGUCAAGUCGACUUGUCGUCCCGGCUGGACAGUCGGGUCGCGAUGCUGAAGGACGAGAUCGCGCUGAAGAAGGAGAUGCUGGGCAUCGUCGCGUAA